GCCCCGCCCUCCUCUGUGAUUGGUCCAGGCGACUCCCAGCAGCGCAGCCGUCACACUCGCUCCCUGCCAUUCUCGUCUCUCGCACUGUUUGUAUAUGGUAUGAGCCCGCAUCAACUGCUUUCUGUAUACACUAUAAAGUGAGGUGACUCUAAGUAAUCCGGAGUGUGUUUAAACAAGACCUGACCGCACCGAAACAGAUAUUUUUUAAACGUAAAUGUUUAUCGAAUCCGUGUUUUUGCCGGGAUAGAAUGUGUACGAUAAUGAUGAAGAGUGAGAACGUAGAGGCGGGAUCGCAGUUGGUGUCGGCGACGCAUCACGGACACCACGGUAUCGGACAUGUGGCGGAUACGACCACGACCACGUCCACGGGCGCGGGUGCGACCACGGCGGCGACCACGGCCACGGCGACGUCCACGACCACCAAGAAGAGCAACGCGGGUCUGAGACGACAGGAGAAGCCGCCGUACUCGUACAUAGCGCUCAUAUACAUGGCGAUAGAGAGCUCGCCGUCAAAGAGACUCACACUCAACGAAAUCUACACCUUUCUACAACAACACUUCGCCUUCUUCCGCGGCGCUUACCAGGGCUGGAAGAACUCCGUCAGACACAACUUGUCUCUCAACCAAUGCUUCGUUAAGCUGCCCAAGGGUCUCGGACGUCCGGGGAAGGGUCACUACUGGGUGAUCGACCCGUCGUCCAAGCCAAUGUUCAAGGACGGCUCGUUGCGACGCCGACCCAGGGGGUUCUGCCGUCGUCAGCCACCGCCGCCUCAGCGCCCCCAGUACUACAGCACUGCCCCAGUCAUGCCGCAGUACGACACCUUGUCUACACCCCAGCCACAGGAGUACCCCAUGAGCUACAUGAGUCAGCAGUACCCCACAGCUGCCUACCCUCCCGAGUACCCCUCGUACCCUCCCUGUGACUCCUGGGGUACCUACCAGGACACCACACCUUACAUCAAGACCUCCCUCAGCCCCACGCCCGACCACCAGACACAGAUGGACUCUUUCUCGUAUCAGUUCUCAGUUCAGCCUUCAACGUCCGUCUCCUCCUCAGCUGAUCCCGCUGUAAUCCGGAGUGUGUUUAAACAAGACCUGACCGCACCGAAACAGAUAUUUUUUAAACGUAAAUGUUUAUCGAAUCCGUGUUUUUGCCGGGAUAGAAUGUGUACGAUAAUGAUGAAGAGUGAGAACGUAGAGGCGGGAUCGCAGUUGGUGUCGGCGACGCAUCACGGACACCACGGUAUCGGACAUGUGGCGGAUACGACCACGACCACGUCCACGGGCGCGGGUGCGACCACGGCGGCGACCACGGCCACGGCGACGUCCACGACCACCAAGAAGAGCAACGCGGGUUUGAGACGACAGGAGAAGCCGCCGUACUCGUACAUAGCGCUCAUAUACAUGGCGAUAGAGAGCUCACCGUCAAAGAGACUUACAUUAAACGAAAUCUACACAUUCUUACAACAACACUUCGCCUUCUUCCGCGGCGCUUACCAGGGCUGGAAGAACUCCGUCAGGCACAACUUGUCUCUCAACCAAUGCUUCGUCAAGCUGCCCAAGGGUCUCGGACGUCCGGGGAAGGGUCACUACUGGACCAUUGACCCCGCGUUCAAGCUGAUGUUCGAGGAUGGGUCGUACCGACGUCGCGCCCGUGGGUCCUGCGGGAAGUUGGGCCUCAAGUCGCGGCGACCUGCGCUGCCGUCUCCUGCACCUGGACACUACUACAACACUUCCGCACCUCAGUACCACGACCCUCCGCAGACCCAGGACUACUCCUACAUGAACCAGCAACACCACCCUUCGCCAGCCUACACCGAGUAUCCUGCAUACCCUAGCUGUGACUCCUGGAGCUCCUACCCCAGCCAGUGCCUCCAGGAUACCUUCGCUUACAUCAAGACGUCCCCUGACCACCAGAUGGAAGCGGAAUACCCUCAGUUCAAUGGUCAAACGGCGAUGACCGAUACAACGGGUCUGAGGUUUACCAUGCCGCUGGACAGGAAGCCCUACCUCAACUCGCCUUCGCCCUCCAACAUGGCGUUUGCCCCCCUGGCUCUGACGGAGUCUCCGGGUGCCUAUGGAGGGUACGGGGCCCCCGCCCCACAGGCGCAGCCCCCCUCGCUUUAUGAAUGCUGCAACAGCAGCGUUAAGGUAUAGAUUGAAAGGAUAAGCUUCAUUAUGUGUGAUAAAUAUAUUUCCCAAUUCCAAAUACGAG